UUUCCUCGAUGGCAUCUGAUGAAUUCUUCACCGGUUAACAGUAACAGGUCUGCCAACCAUCUCACCUUUCAUGUCACCGGGACGUCUCCAUGGCGAUGUUUAGCAGCACAGAGAGGCUCUGGAAUGAAUCAGAGCGCCUCGAAUGGGACUCGGAGAGGAAUGACAGCUCAGAGGUGCCAUGGCAGGAUGAGCGUAACUACUACGCCAUGUUCUACUCCCUGCUCAUCCUAGCCAUCGUGUUUGGAAACGUGCUGGUGUGUCUGGCUGUGCUGAGGGAGCGUUCCCUCCAGACGACCACCAAUUACCUGGUGGUGAGCCUGGCUGUGGCCGACCUGCUGGUGGCCUCGUUGGUGAUGCCCUGGGCCGUUUACCUGGAGGUGGUCGGCGGUGCCUGGCUUUUCAGCCGGCUCUACUGUAACAUCUUUGUCACGCUAGAUGUGAUGAUGUGCACCGCCAGUAUCCUCAACCUGUGUGCUAUCAGCAUUGACAGGUACACAGCAGUAGUGAUGCCUGUCUUGUACAACACCACCCAUCGCUCCAGGAAAAGAGUUUUUUUGAUGAUUGCCACCGUGUGGAUCCUGGCUUUCACCGUCUCCUGUCCACUGCUGUUUGGUUUCAACACCACAGAUGACCCCAUGGUGUGCUCCAUCUCCAACCCGGACUUUGUGAUCUACUCCUCGGUGGUGUCCUUCUAUCUGCCGUUUGUGGUCACUCUGCUGGUCUACAUCCGCAUCUACAUCUUCCUCAGGAUGAGACGGAAGAGGAUCACUUUUGGCCAGACCAGCGGGAAGGUGCAGCCAGGCUCAACUCCGCCAUCAGUGGAAACCUGUCUACACGAGGAUACUCCCAAGGCGAAACAGGACCUGUCACCUAUAAGAAUCAAAGUGCAGAGUGUAGAGCAUUCAGAUGCCUCCAAGCCCAACCUAUUGUCAGGAUGCCUGUGGCACAAACGCCCAAAGACAGGACCUGUGGAGGACUCUGUGCUGCGGCAGGUGGACAUGCAGAACUGCUGCAGCAUGAGCCAUGCCUCCUGUGGCCGCACAGAGCUGGAUCUGGAGCAGGAGCGAGGCGAGGAGGAGGCGAAAGAGAGCAAUCAGGCUGAACGUCCACCUGUCAGGAUGAGCUGCGAGGUGAAGGACCUGUCCAAUGGACGGACACACACGUCACUGCGGUCGAUGGCUCAUUCUCAUUUAAGUAAUCCACGAUUCAGGAGCAUGCAUGCGCGGGAGAAAAAGGCCACUCAGAUGCUGGCCAUUGUUCUGGGGGUGUUUCUCAUCUGCUGGCUGCCUUUCUUUGUGACUCACAUUCUGAACACCCACUGCAGGACAUGCUACGUCCCUCCUGGGCUUUACAGUGCUUUCACCUGGCUGGGUUAUGUCAACAGUGCCCUCAACCCUAUUAUCUACACUACCUUCAACAUCGAGUUCAGACGGGCCUUCAUCAAGAUCCUCAGCUGCUGA